UCUUCGAUGACGCCUGAAGAAUACGCAAAGUAUGUCUGUUCCGGGAAAAUUUAGGCGCCCAGAACGAACACGUACUUCUAAGCGAUAUUGUCAAGAAAAGCUGUGCUGUCCUACGGAGCAUUCAGAGGCUGUCCUUUAUUGUGAACAAUGCAACAGUUUGCAGUGUGUUCGAUGUGAAGACAGUCUACACAAUCACAAUGAUGUCAAGUAUCAGUUUCAUGACAGGCGAAAAAUAGAACAACCGCCAUCAGAGCAACUAUGUCAGAUAGCCAGAUUUUCUACUAGCAUUGCCUGUAAGCACAAAAAUUACGCUGAUAUUCGGUGUGAGGAUUGUAAGCUGAAUUAUUGUUUUGAUUGUAAUGAACUUGCCCAUCCACUCAAUUCCAAAAGAAAGUCACACAUACGUGUUUCAUUUAAGGAUUUCAGAAAAAAGGAACAUCAAGAUGCGCUAGCCAACCCGAUUAAGCCUCUGUCCCCAGUUGAUCUGACAGACGACAGUUUGACAUACGUCUCUCUCCCGCAGGAGGUAGGGGAGAGCAUGAAUGACUUAUCAUUUACAAGUGCACACAGUGAUCAGAGUCAUCACAGCAUCCCGGAUGUUUGCAUGGACCUCACUGGGCAAGUGGACCUGAACUUACUCAAAGAGAGUAUGAUGGAACCAGAAGACACUAGCCUGCAUAAGGACUGUCACAGUUUCUGUUUGGCAGACGAACAUGAAACACUAAAGGUUACAGAUGAUCUUGAUUUUAAAGAAAAGCUUGGAUGUGAAGAAGGAACAGCUGUCAAAGUGGUGUCAAUUUUUGGAAACACAGGAGAUGGGAAAUCAUUCACACUGAAUCAUACAUUCUUUGGUGGGAUAGAAGUGUUUAAGACAUCUGCCUUACAGGCCUCAUGCACUGUUGGAGUAUUUGCAGCUUAUGAUCCUGUGAAUAAAACCCUUAUUGUGGACACAGAAGGUUUGCUGGGUGUCGCCUCAAAUGAAAACCAGAGAACUCGCCUUCUACUCAAAGUUAUGGCAAUAUCUGAUGUUGUGAUAUAUCGGACACGUGCAGAGAGACUUCAUAACGACCUCUUCUACUUCCUUAGCAAUGCUUCAAAGGCCUAUAUUCAGCAUUUCAAACAGGAGCUAGAAGCAGCGACAAAGCGGUGUAAAAUGAACUUAUCCCUUUCUAAUCUAGGACCAGCUGUGGUAAUAUUCCACGAGACUCAGUACACAGAUGUUUUGGCACAAGAUACUGAGAGAGUCUUACGUCAACGUUUCCGUGAUCUAGACUGUAAUCUGGAUGCUUUCUGUGACCUUAAGUACGUAGGCACCAGAACAAUGUCCUCUCCCACAGACUUUAGCCAGCUGAGGGUGGUGGUCAAGGAUCAGCUGGACAAUAACUCCAUCAGAGCUCCACGGAAACCAGAAGUCAUUCUACAAGCUUUGAAGGUACUGAAUGAUAAAUUCAGUGGUGAUAUAGAGAAGUCUGUUCCAGACAGUUUUCCUGAUGAAUAUUUUACUUGUUCCUCAUGCUGCCAGUCGUGUGGAACUCGGUGUGUGAACACAAUGAAUCACCUGGAUGAGAUUGAACAUCAGGCCAUGUCUGGCUCAGCCUGCAAAUAUCAGCACCAGUUUGAUAACAAGGUCUAUCUCUGUAAGCACUGUCAUCUAGCUGGCAAGAAGCAUGUGGUGGUUCCAAAGACUUCCUCUUCCUCAGAUGGCAGCUGGGUGGGGCUGGUGAAGUAUGUGUGGGCAGGGUUUGUGUUGGAGUGCCCCAGCUGUGGAAUUAUCUAUAGAAGUCACCAGCACUGGUAUGGGAACAAGGAGGUGGAGAGUGCUGUUCAUGUGGAAGUUAGACAUGUUUGGCCAGGGAGCAGCCUGGUUCUACAGGGAACACACAACGCAGCAAGGAAGCUGUUAGACAGUCUCCACCUGGUGGCAGACACUGUCAGCAGUGUAAGCUCUAAGCCAACCAGGGCUGUCUCCCAUUGGAUGGCAGAUCAGAUCGCUCCAGAAUACUGGGUUCCGAAUGCUCAGCUUACUAAUUGUUACAGCUGUAAGAAGGUGUUCAUGGACCAUGAACAGAAGCACCACUGUAGGGCGUGUGGUCAGGGAUUCUGUGAUGACUGUUCAGCCCAGAAGAGACCAGUGCCCGAGAGAGGUUGGGGAAACACCCCAGUACGAGUCUGCAUGGCGUGCUACGAGCCCAGCAAAAUGACAGACUCUAAUACCAGUACAGGAAGCGACUCCCAGGUGACAGCGCGUAAAGUUGGGGAGGCAGUCACAGGUACCAUUGGGGCUGUGGCCUCGGCUAUUGACUAUCCUCUAGGCAUUUUGAAGGACAGUGUUCGGCCUGUGUACUGGAUUCCUGAUGAGCAAAUCAAGACAUGCUACGUGUGUUCAGUGGAGUUCGGACCCAAACUGGCGAUCCACCAUUGUCGGGCAUGUGGGCAGGGUGUUUGUGUGGGCUGUUCCCCGAAUAAGAGGGCAGUACCCCUGAGAGGGUGGGAUUACCCUGUCAGAGUCUGCACUAAGUGUGAGGCAAAGAAAGACAGGCUUUGAGACUGAACUGUAGCCAAGAAUGGCAGUCUGUAAUAUUGUAUUGUGGCCAAGGAAGAGAGACUAACACUGCGUUGUGGCCUAGAAAGCAGAAGUGUAACACUGCAUUGGGGGGAAGAAAGAGAGACUGUAACACAGCAUUGUUGGAAAGAAAGAGUGACUAUAACACAGCAUUGUGGCCAAGAAAGAGUGACUGUAAUACUGCAUUGUGGCCAGGAGUAACAGCUUGUAAUACAAUGCAGGCCGACUGUACUACUUUACUGCAUUGUGGGCAGGAAAGACAAGCUAGUAUAACUGACAAAAAGAGGAUAAAAAAUGAGAGUGUAAUUGACAAAAAGUGGCUGUAAUGUGGAAAUGUAGUUGACAAAGAGAGGCUGUAUGAACAUAGGAGUGCAGCUGACCUGUAGUCGGGUAAUAUUAUAUGGUGGCCCUGAAAGACAGUCUAUGAAACUGGAUAGCUAAAGCUAGACUAAAACUCAAAUAAGGAACAUAUAAAAUUUAUAGCCAAGAAAGACUGUGUGCAAUAUUCAGGCAUGAUUUGGAAACACAAUUGAAAGUGUUUGUUGAAGGCAAUGGUGUUAUAAAGCAAGGACAGUCUGUACCAAUGAGGUGUGGGCAUUCAUAGAUCGGUUUACAUGGAUGUAGUUGUACAGCACACCAUGUUAUCACCGCAGGACUGUUGCAGAAGUUCUCCAUAUCAACCAUUUAAAAUUUGGGUUCAUUUUAUGACAUACAUUACAGGUGGUGAGAAUUAGCCACCUUGCAUUGGGCUGUUUACUUUAAUUCUUUAACAUUUUUGCAUGUUUGCAAGUUGUUUAUUCAGGCAUAUUCUGAAGGUAAUAUUUUGUGUAGACUGAUAAAAUGAUGCUUCUUGUGAAGCCUUGAAAUUGGCUGAUCCAACUGAUGUAGUUUUGUCUCUGAAGUUAAAUUAGAAAUGUGCAUAUGUUGCACUGAACGUUGCUCUUUCAUAUAUGCAAAAAGGUUGAGGAAUUAGGGUAUAUUUCCCAUAAUUUCAAAGGGAAACAGAAGCAGCAUUAUUGUUCAUUGUGUGAACAAGCCUAAGCUUAUCAAAAUUACUAAGACUGUACAACAUGUGCACACACAAGGCAGCACCUGUAACAUGGGAUGUCCUGCAUGUAUCACCACUGUCCAUCAAUCAGUCGCAAAUCGUUGCCUUUUAAGCUUCAAGUCAGAAUUUACAAUGUCAACAUGUAAUAAUUGUAUGACACCGGCACAUGUGAUUGUAACACCAGUAUUAGAAGGUCAAAUGGACAUCAUUUUCUAAAAUAAUGAAUCAAA